ACUCUCCCCUAUUUGGAAACCACACAAAAGUGCGAAAAACCGAGCGACGAAUCGUUGGUGAUCGUCAGUUUGGCAAGAACUUUCCAUGUGGCAGCAUCGCGAGUGAAAUUUGUGCUGGAUUUGUGUGUUGUUGUUGAUCGUGCAGAAAAUAUAAGUUACAACAAUUCCUUUUUCUUUCUGACUUUGGAGGCGCGCGCGUGAUUUUUGCCACUCGACAAACGGAAAAGUCCGUGUGAAAACGUCCAUAUAGACACUUGUUGCCAGCUGCAAAAGAAAGUAAAAAGAGGACGGUUUCAUAACUGUGUGUGCGAUCACAGAGUCUGGAUUUUUCUUCACUCCAGCGAGCGCGCGCGCGAAUGAAUUUAAUAAAGAGUGUGUAUAUAUAUGGUUAUUGAUGUGAUGUGUGGAGGUUGAAGAAAAAGUGCCAAAUUGCGAUAAGAUUGUGCUGGACAAGCUAUAUUUUUGUCGCUGAGUCCAAAUUUUACACCUCUUCGAUUCAAUGCAACACUAAAAGACGCACAGACAGAGAGAGAGAGAGAGAGAGUGAGAAAUGAAGAAAUACUUGUGAAUGAUUGCAAGUUAUACUCUUUCAAAUAGCCUGUAAAUUAACUGAGUGUUCAAGAAGAAGAACAAGAAAAAAACUCAAGAUAGAGUUUUCCGGGAAGCAUUUUUCCACUGAAGCGCGCGCACGCUGUGAGAUGAGAAUUCAAUGAGUAAAGUGCACAAAACGAUAGAGUGACAAACUCCAAACCCGAUAACCUUCUGAUUGGCGCGACUUGCGCACGUUUUGUGGCAUUCGAGAGAUCUCGGGCGAUCGAUUGAUCAGAGUGCCUGAAGCCCUCAGUUUGGCAUGAUCUGCGGCCAGUGAGCGAUAGAGAGUGUGUGAAGAGGUUCGUGAUUGUUCCAGGAGCCGAGAUGCCAUUGAGGCCCAGAGUGAGGUGCUUGGUGAGGAGGACGCGCAGGGAGAGACGGCGAAGGGGCAAGAGUGUGGCGGCCGGUGGGUGGUUGCCUGAGUAUCUGGAGAUUGUGGAGGACAAGGAGACACUGAGAGACACCAAAGAGGAGGAUGAUUUUGGAGAGAAGGACUCAGGCUUCGAGGAUUGGGAGUUGUCCAUGCCGUGGUUUGGAAUGGACAUUGGUGGAACACUGACGAAAUUGGUGUACUUCGAACCGAAGGACAUUACACCCGAUGAAUUGGAUCAGGAGGCGGAGAUCUUGAGGAAUAUUCGACGAUAUCUCACAAAGCAUUCGGCGUACGGCAAGACUGGACAUCGUGAUGCGCAUUUGCAGAUGGAUAAUGUGGAGAUUCGCGGACGCCGCGGAUCGUUGCACUUCAUUCGCUUCCCCACGUCUGAGAUGGGAAACUUCCUGACGCUGGCCAGAGCCAAGGGCAUGGCGCAGCUGGUGACGACGGUGUGCGCCACUGGCGGCGGUGCCUUCAAAUUUGAGCGGGACUUCAAGGAGCAGGUGAACAUGAAGUUGGCCAAAUUCGACGAACUGGACGCCCUGAUCAAGGGCAUCCUGUUCACGGAUCUGCACAAUCUCAAUGAGUGCUACUACUGGGAAAAUGCCUCGGAUAUCACGAGGAGUGCGAAGAAGCGAUACGACUUCUCCACACCCUAUCCCUUCAUCCUCGUGAACGUGGGCUCUGGCGUGAGUGUGCUGACGGUGCGUGGCCCAGAUGACUAUCGUCGGAUAUCCGGCACGAGUCUGGGCGGCGGCACAUUCCUGGGCCUGUGCUGUCUACUCACCGGCUGUCAGACCUUCGAGGAGGCCAUCCAGCUGGCGACGGAGGGUGACCACAAGAGGGUGGAUAAGCUGGUGAAGGACAUCUAUGGCGGUGACUAUGAGCGCUUCGGGCUGCCGGGUGACCUCGUGGCCGCCAGCUUUGGUCAGAUGAACUCACGCGAGCGACGCGCGAGUGUGUCAAAGGAGGAUCUGGCCAAUGCCACGCUGGUCACCAUCACGAACAACAUUGGCUCGAUCGCGAGAAUGUGCGCGAGCAAUGAAAAGAUCGAUCGGGUGGUGUUCGUGGGCAAUUUCUUGCGCGUAAAUCCCAUCUCAAUGAAGCUGCUGGCCUUCGCGAUGGACUACUGGAGUCAUGGUACACUGAAGGCGCUCUUCCUCGAGCACGAGGGCUACUUUGGGGCCGUGGGGUGCUUGCUGCAGUUCAAUGGGGAGCUGAUGAGUGGCUCCUUUGCCAAUGACACCAAUGAAGUGUCAGAAUGAGACUGUGAAUUUUACAUAAAAAAAAAUCUUUGUUCAAAAAACAAUUCCUUCUCCACAGCGCAGAAAUUCUCUCUCCUUCGCGGCUUCAUGAAAAAAAAAACAGAAAACAAAACAAAAAAACACUCAGGAUUUUUGAUUUAAUUUUGAGCCCACAGAAAAUGCUCAGAGAAUUGCACAAAAAGAAAGAAAGAAAGAAGGAAAAGCUGUGUGUGGAGAGAAAAGAGUGGAAAAAAGAAUAAUAAUGUUUCCAGUGCGUGAGUGAUGAAAAUGAUGGGAUAUUUAUCAAAAAAAAGUUCUUUAGGUGAAUAAGGAUGAGGCGCAUAGAAUUAUUUCUCUGUUUUCUUUUUUUUUUAUUUUCUAUUGUAAUAUCGAUUAUCGGUGAGAAUCGUGGAUUUGCUCAAGUGGUGGGAAGAAUGGGUUGAAUGAACUUCAGCAGGAAAAUAUCAAGGAAUGAGGAGGAAUGGAUGGGAAUGAGAAGGAAUGGAUCAAAUUAAAAAUCAAAAACACAAGGAAUAUUCGGAAUUUUAAUGGAAUGAAAAGGAACGUGAACAAGAGAGAUAUUUGAAUUCUUGAAAUUCACAUGAAUUGAAAGAUAUGUUGAAGAUUCAGUGCAAAUCUCCCAGAUGAGAAGAUGAAAAAGUCGCGGGUUCGAUUCUCCUUUAGUUGUGAUUUUUUCACAACUUUUUUUUCACUUUUCUUUCCUUUUUCCAGUAUUUUUCUUCACUCUAUCGCUUUAUAUCGGCAUUUUUCCCUCAAUUUUCGCAAAAAAAAAACUCAUUAUAACACUAAAUAUAAUUUCAGUAGGGAUGUUUCAUCCUUCAGUAUGCUGACGAUGUGGUUGUGUGGGCAUUGAGAGCUCCAGUGCGCAGGUUAUUGAGAACAAACUCAGCAUGGCUUGUGACUGCCUGGAACGUUUUUACGAUGAUCUGGGCCUUGAGCUCUCGCCUUGAGAGAAAGUGGUGAAUGUUCACCUUGGAGACAUCACUGUUCCGCAAUCACAAUCAUUCAGAUAUCUGGGGAUAAUCUUUGAUCGAAAGUGUCUGUGGGGGCCACACAGCAGACGAUAUCGUUAAGCGUAGUGCGCUGAGAAUUAACUUCUUAAGGGCGAUUGCUGGAACGUCAUAGGGCGCACACCCGAGACAAAUGUUGAUUUUGUAUAAAACCACUAUUCGUACUAUUUUGGAAUACGGGUGCUUUGCAUUUGCAGGGGCGGCGCAAUGUCACCUCAUUAAACUAUAUAGAAAGAAUUCAAUGGAAGGCGUUACGUCUGGUGUUUGGUUUGAUGAGAAGCACUCACACUGGAGCGGUGGAGGUUCUCAGCGGUGUUAUGCCCCUUCGCGUGAGACACAACUUCCUCAUAGAACGAUUCGUGGCACGAUCCUUGCGAGUACAGUCGGAUCUGUGGGUCUCUAUGACCCAAAUAGAGUCAAGGCAGCCGGCUAACAGAAUUGGCGGCAUUGUGCGUGCUAUGGUUGCCCUGGGAGUUAGGGAACCAGAUAUCAGCGGGGGCGAUUUAGCAAUUCGCAUUCAGAAGAAAGCGGAGGAAACGUGGCAGACGCAGUGGGAUGACGGGGAACUGGGGAGGCUAUGCCACUCCAUUAUUCCCACAGUUAUUGAUGCCCCUUGGUCUAGGGAAGAAAUUGUGAUGGGCAGUCGAAUAAUGAGUAACCAUUACAGGCUUAAUUUUCACCUUGCCAGGAUCAAUAUCGUCCAGAAUCCUUUGUGUGAACAAUGUAAUACGUAUUGUGAUGUGGACCAUAUGUUGUACAUGUGCCAGGGAACGCAGCAGAGGGAAGAUGCGAGCUUGUGGUAGCUAGCGGAGGUAUAAAUAACUCGCGAGACGCGUGCGCGUCGGCAUUGGAAAGAAAUGGGGGUGAGUUGUUUAGAUCGCUGGCAAAAUUCUGCAAGCGAAACGGAGUGGAGUUGUAGGGAGGUUGGUUGAGUGGCGUCCGGGAGCGGGCUGGUUGUCCUGUCUUCGGACGGUAUGAUUGGCUCGCUCCUGGAGCCGGAGGAGUGUAGGAUGUCGAGGGAGUGUGCGAGUGGUUUUACUCGGCCCGAAAUGGACUCAGCGAGUCCAGGGCCUGAGGGGAUGGAGGUGGGCUUAAAAUGAAAAAAAAAUAAUAAGAAUAAUAAUAAUUUCAGUAAUAAAAUACCACUUUUUUCAUCAUCUAACAUUCUUUUUGACGCUUUAAUGUCCUUUCUCGGACUUGAAACUUCCCCAAAGAAUUCUUUUUAAUAAUUCGCGCACACAAUGACUUCCUGUCGUAUUCCCGGACCAGAAAAGAGAGGAAUUUGAGUGCGAAAAGAAAGCUUUCCAGCUUUAUCAGCUGAUAAAGUGAAGGAAAGUAACUGAAAAAGGAAGGAAAAGUGAAAAAAAAUCACAACUGAAGGAGAAUCGAACCCGCGACUUUACGAAUUUGCACAGGAAUUUGUGCAACAAUCUUUCUAUCUAAGUCGAUUUCGAAUAUAAUUUUUUUCGAAGAAUGAAUGGAAUGGAAUGGAUUGUGGAAUGUAUAAGAAAAUCGGUGGAAUGGAAAUCACUUUUCUCUAACUUGAGCCAAUCCUCGGUGAGAAUAUAUUAUUUCUUACGAAUAAAAAUCCUUUGGCGUGAUGCAUAAAUUAGAUCAAAUAUUUUUUCUUAAUUCACAACACUAUUUUGUAAGUUCGUUCUUCACAAACUGUUUUUUUUUUUUGUCUUUUCUUUUGUAAUGGGACAGCUUUUUAUAUUACUGUUUUUUACUUGUGAUGAAAAAGCCUAGAUUUGUGCGUAAUUUCACACACACAGA